CCGAGGCUCCGGGCCGGUCCCCGCCCGCCGGUCGCCCGCUCGCCCCCCGGGGCUAUGAGGCCGUAGGGCCCGCGGGCCGCAGCAGCCUUCUGCCGCCAGCAUGUUCGGCCGCUCCCGCAGCUGGGUGGGCGGCGGGCACGGGAAGGCCGCCCGCAGCAUCCACUCCUUGGACCACCUCAAGUACAUGUAUCAUAUUUUGAGUAAAAAUACGAUUGUAACAGAUCACAACCGCAACCUGCUGGUGGAGACCAUUCGUUCCAUAACGGAGAUCCUGAUCUGGGGGGAUCAGAAUGACAGCUCAGUGUUUGACUUUUUCUUGGAGAAGAAUAUGUUUGAGUUCUUCCUGAACAUCCUGCGGCAGAAGUCAGGUCGUUAUGUGUGUGUGCAGCUGCUGCAGACUCUGAACAUCCUUUUUGAGAACAUCAGCCAUGAAACAUCCCUGUACUACCUGCUCUCUAAUAACCAUGUGAAUUCUAUUAUUGUCCACAAAUUUGACUUUUCUGAUGAGGAGAUAAUGGCAUAUUACAUAUCAUUUUUGAAAACUCUUUCCCUGAAACUCAAUAAUCAUACUGUACAUUUCUUUUAUAAUGAGCACACUAACGACUUUGCUUUGUACACUGAAGCUAUUAAAUUUUUUAACCACCCCGAAAGCAUGGUCAGGAUUGCUGUUAGGACUAUAACUUUAAAUGUCUACAAAGUGGACAACCAGCCUAUGCUGCAUUACAUUCGAGAUAAAACUGCAGUUCCUUAUUUCUCCAACCUCGUCUGGUUUAUUGGCAGCCACGUGAUAGAACUGGAUAACUGCGUGCAGACUGAUGAAGAGCACAGAAAUAGGGGCAAACUGAGUGACCUGGUAGCAGAACAUCUUGAUCAUUUGCAUUACCUUAAUGAUAUCCUUAUCAUUAACUGUGAAUUUUUAAAUGAUGUGCUGACAGACCACCUACUUAAUAGGCUCUUUCUUCCCCUCUAUGUGUAUUCAUUAGUAAAUCAAGACAAGGGUGGAGAGCGUCCAAAAAUAAGUCUCCAGGUUUCUCUCUAUCUUCUUUCUCAAGUUUUUCUGAUUAUACAUUAUGCUCCUUUGGUGAACUCUUUGGCUGAGGUUAUACUCAACGGGGACCUCUCAGUGUUUUCUUCUAAGAUUGAGCAAGAUAUACAGAAAAACUCAGCAAAGUCAAGUAUCAGAUGUUUCAUAAAACCCACAGAAUCACUUGAGAGGUCUCUUGAAAUUAACAAACAGAAAGGGAAGAAGAGGAUGCAGAAGAGACCCAACUAUAAAAAUGUUGGUGAAGAAGAUGAAGAGGAGAGAGGAUCUGAGGACAACCAAGAUGACCUUGAUAAAAGUAAAGGUACAGAAGCAAGUUCAAAGGGUGUAAGAACAAGCACUGAAAAUGAAGAAAUAGAGAUGGUAAUCAUGGAGAGGUGUAAGCUGUCAGAGCUGUCUAUCUCUGCUGUGACAGAACAGAAUACAACAGAUGAAGAAAAGAGUGCAGCUGCUUCUGGGAGUGAGAUGACAAACUGGAACAGGCCUUUUCUUGAUAUGGUCUAUAAUGCACUGGACUGUCCUGAAGACGAUUACUAUGCGCUCUUUGUGCUCUGUCUUUUAUAUGCAAUGUCCCACAACAAAGGACUUGACUCAGUCAAGCUGGAGAGAAUUCAACUUCCAGCUCAACAUGCUGAAGAGAGAAAUUCGUACAAUCAUGUCCUUGCAGAAGGGCUUAUCAGGAUAAUGAAUUAUGCUGCACAACCAGAUGGAAAAAUUCGUUUGGCAACUUUAGAGCUUGGCUGCCUAUUGCUGAAGCAGCUUGUCUUUUCCAAAAAUGGCAGGAUCAUAAAAAGUGUUCACCUUGAUUGUCUUGAGGGUGCAAGGGAGGAAAGUGUUCAUCUCCUUCGUCGCUUCUAUAAGGGAGAAGAAAUCUUUCUGGAUAUGUUUGAAGAUGAAUACCGGAGUAUGACAAUGAAACCUAUGAAUGUAGAAUACUUGAUGAUGGAUGCCUCAAUCUUGCUACCCCCAACGGGGACACCUCUGACUGGGAUUGAUUUUGUGAAAAGGUUGCCUUGUGGAGAUGUGGAAAGAACACGAAGAGCAAUCAGAGUUUUCUUUAUGCUCCGUUCACUGUCACUGCACUUGCAAGGUGAGCUGGAAACUCAGUUACCACUCACGAGGGAGGGAGAUCUGAUAAAGGCAGAUGAUGUUCUGGAUUUGAAUAACAGUGAUCUGAUUGCUUGCACAGUCGUAACAAAGGAUGGGGGUCAAGUUCAAAGAUUCCUGGCUGUUGAUAUUUACCAGAUGAGUUUGGUUGAACCAGAUGUUGCCAGACUCGGAUGGGGAGUAGUUAAGUUUGCAGGCCUUCUGCAGGAUAUGCAGGUGACUGGAGUAGAGGAUGACAGCAGAGCCCUGAACAUAAUCAUUCACAAGCCUGCCUCCAGCCCUCACUCGAAGCCCUUCCCCAUCCUCCAGGCCACGUUUAUUUUUGCGGAUCACAUUCGCUGCAUCAUCGCCAAGCAGCGCCUGGCCAAAGGCCGGAUCCAGGCUCGGCGCACCAAAAUGCAGAGAAUAGCAGCUCUCCUGGAUCUUCCUGUUCAGCCUUCAACUGAAGUUAUGGGUUUUGGACACAGCUCUGGAGCUGCAGCCCAGCACCUCCCAUUUAGAUUCUAUGACCAGUCCCGGCGUGGGAGCAGUGACCCGACAGUGCAGCGCUCUGUCUUUGCAUCUGUUGACAAAGUCCCAGGCUUUGCUGUAGCCCAGUGCAUAAAUCAGCACAAUCCAUCCCCACUCUCGUCACCAUCCCCUUCCAGUGGCAGUGGCAGUACAGGGCGCUGUGAUUCAGUGACUGCAAGCUCGACAUCCACUCCUUCUGCUGCUCAGAGCCCAGCAGGUCUGGCAGGAAAGGACGCCGGCGGGUGUUUAGUCUGUCGGAGGCUGACAGUCACGGUGGACACUGGGUUUAGGCCUUCCAGCAGCAGCUGCAGCAGAAACUCCCGCAAUACCCACUCAGAUGAUGCUUCAGCUCCAGAGCAGCCUCUGACAGCCAGUUCCAGUCAGACGAUGUUGACUGAUGAAACUCUUUCAGCUGUUUCAAAGUCCAGCAGAAAUGCUGUAAAAGCCAGUGACAUAGAAACAGCCAACCUGUCUCCCAGCCUGAUUCCUGCACAGCAGCCCACGAUAUCCUUACUCACAGAUGAUAACACGGACACGCUGAGCGUGGAGUCGCUCACACUGGUGCCACCAGUUGAUCCACACAGCAUUCGAACAUUCAGCUGCAUCCCUCAGGCCUCUCUGCAGUCUGAAAUUGAGGUUGACAAGGUGAAAGAGGUAGAGGAAGAAUGUUCUGACUAAAGCCACCGUGCAGACUGUAAUAAACAGCAAAGGAAAUGCAACCAAAUUGUGGUUUUUUUUUUUCCUCUGGGAGUGCAGAUACUUCUGGAGGCCUGAGAGGCCUCAGGUCCACAUGAAGGGACCAAGUGGUGGCAGAGAAAGUCAGCAGUUUUUAGAGCCAACAUUGGAUACUCGGCAUAUCUGAACUGGAGAAGAGAGAAAAACCCAAACUUUUGAAUCUGGAUUGGUUCUUUCCUACCAGUUUCUCUUAUACAAGAACGUGGACAUAUUUUAGAGGACCUACUGUCUUUCUAAUAGGAACUAAUUAAUUGUAAAAGGUCUGCAGUAUUAUGGCAAAGUGAAGAGACUUUUGGGUACCCAGCUUCAUGGUACUGCAUUAUUUCGUCUCUGAAACAGGAGACAUGCCAUUGACCAGAAAAAUAUUGUAUAUUUAGGACAGAGGUAAAACUUCCAUUUGAGUCAGGGUGUGUUUUUUCGGUUUGGUGUUUGGUUUGGGGUUUUAUUUGUGGAAGAGGGCUUUUGGGGUUUUAUUUGGUUUGGGAAUU